UCAUUUACAUAAAUGUCAAUGUCAAGUGUCAACUGAUAUCUGUCCAAUGUAAAUUGUCAAAGUUGGAUAAAGUACUGUGGAGUGUGGUUCAUACUUCGUCAUAUUCUUUUGCGAUUUUGCGUAAACCAUUUCCAUUAACUUGUAAUACUCUGUGGUGUGCACUGGUUAAUAAGAAGAAAGUGUUUAAGUUGACAUGGUUUCGUGACUGCUGCAUACUGCAAUGUUUUACAAAAUGAUUAACUUAAGGGUUUUGAAGCAAUCCACAAUUGUACACUUAUGUUUCGCCAUUUCAUAUUUCACAUCAGGUUUACUGAUGAACUUUGUACAAGCUAUUUUAUACUUUGGGCUAAAACCGUUUAAUGUAACUUUGUACAGAAAAAUAAAUUAUUAUUUGUCCUAUUCAUUUUACAGUCAAUUAGUAUUCAUGUCAGAAUGGUGGGCAGGGUCAAAAAUGUCUAUUUAUAUUAAAAAAGAUGAAUAUGACAAGUGGUAUGGCAAAGAACAUGGUUAUUUGAUCAUGAAUCACAGUUAUGAAAUAGAUUGGCUCAUGGGAUGGCAAUUUUGUGAUGGCAUUGGAGUCCUUGGGAAUUGCAAAGCAUACGCCAAAAAAGCGAUCCAGUAUUUGCCGCCCAUUGGUUGGAUGUGGAAGUUCGGAGAAUUUGUCUUCCUCGAAAGGUCAUUCGAAAAAGAUAAGGAUAUUAUAAAGAAACAAAUAUCUGAACUUUGUGAUUAUCCUGAUCCAGUGUGGCUAUUGAUGACACCAGAAGGAACCCGAUAUACGAAAACGAAACACGAAGCCUCAUUGAAUUUCGCCAAGGAGAAGAAUUUGCCUUUACUCAAACACCAUUUGACUCCGCGUACUAGAGGGUUCACGACAAGCUUACAACAUUUUAGGGGCAAAAUACCCGCCAUUUACAACAUUCAGUUGGCGUUCGACAGAGAUAGCAAGACACCGCCGACGUUGACAAGUUUGCUUUACGGCAAGCCAGUCCACGCCCACUUGUACAUCGAACGAAUACCCGUCGACACAGUACCCGAAGAUGAGGCGAAAGCGGCGCAGUGGCUGCAUGAGCUGUUCGUCGUCAAGGACAAAAUGCAAGAGUCGUUUUUGAAUACGGGGGAUUUCUUUUCGCAAUCCGGCGUCGAGCGGUUGGAGUCGUUUAAUGCGCAGCCUCGGAUAUACUCGCUGCUGAACACUCUGGGGUGGGCCGUCAUAACCCUGACACCCAUGCUCUACUAUUUGAUCGGUCUGUUGUUCAGCGGGAAACUUCUUUAUUUCUCAAUCGCUUGCGCCAUCAUUGCUGCGUUUUUCAUUCUUCUACAAAAAUCGAUCGGGAUGUCCAAGAUCAGUCAAGGAUCCUCAUAUGGAACAGAGAAGAAGUAAUGUACUCUAUCCAUAGCAAUAUUUAUACCUGACGUAUAUUUUUGAACGAAGUUACAUCAUUGUACGAAGUGUAUUUGUGUUGUGUUUAUUAACGAAGUAUAAUAAUAUUUUAACAGUAAACAUGGUGUGUAGGUGAAUGGGUCUGUAGUAUACUGAAAACGAUUAAGUAUUAACAAAUAGAAUAACGAGUACGAAAAUUGUCAAUAAUACUAGAAUCGUAUUGAAGUAAUAUAAAGAUAUUGAUGGCACAAAAUGUGGUUGUUACACAAUUAUUUAUGGUUUUCGUUUAUUUUACUGUGGUAAUCUAUAGGUGAAGUGUGCGCUAUGUUGUCAACAUUCUACAUUUUAUCAUUGUGAAUCCCUUAAUAUUAUUAUCUUUAUUGUUUUGUGAUGAACUGACAACUUUUCAGGUAACGAUA